AUGGCUCAAAUACCACGUUUAUCUGAUGAUGUUCUCUAUAUUAUUUCUGAAAAAUUACUUUUUAAAAAAUUUCGUCGUCAAGUUGAUUUGCGAAUUACAAAUAGUUAUACGCUUUUUAUGUAUCACAGUGCAAGAAAUAUGAGAGCGGUUCUUUCUCAUUUUUCUAAAAUGAAGCGACUUGAUCUUUCAACUUGUGGCAAUGAUGAUAGUGAAAAUAUAUUUGUUAGUUUUGGCCGAGUUGGUAAACCUUCGAAUGUAUGUUUAUUUUAUCAUUUUCCUUUCUGA